AUGUUAUCCGGAAACACAACAAUGAUGAAUGACUACAUCAUGUUCCGUUUACUUGUCGAUGAUUCGGAUCGUCACAAGCACAAGCGAAACUCAUUGCAACCGCCGAUUGUCAACGGCGCUGGCUCGCCAAUCAUUCCGCCUGCCGCAUUAGCUUCGCAUCGCAGCAGCUUCGCUGUUCCCAGAAAAUCAUUGACCAUUGAAAAUGGUAAGCUUUGAACAUGUUUCUCUGGGAUACCAUUAAUUAACCAACCAACCAACUAUAGUAAAAGAAAAAUGGAAUUGAAUUACAUACUGAAUCAAUAAUGUGUUUUAUGCUUUUCAGAACCCUUCUGUUCACCGAUGGUCCCACAUGUUCCGAUUCGAGAAAGAUUAGCGAGAAGAGGCACAAGUGGUAAAUCAUUUAGCAAUUAAUUAGUUAAUUAAUAUAAUAUUUGUUUAGCUGAUAUGAUGAGUGAUGAUGCAAGUGCUUAUACGUGUUAUGCACCGCGAAGACGUCGAAUGAGUUUGCUUCAAAGUCUUCGACAACAAAAUCGUGCACUUGCUGAUAGUGGAUUGGAUAUGCAUCGACAACGAACUGAUAGUGAAAGUACACAUCGUGUAUCGGACACUUGUUCAUCUCCACCUCCACAAUCAACUGCCAACACGAAUGUCAAAACAACAACAACAUCUCCAACCAAAAAAUCGAAUAUCUCGACACAAAUUAAAAAUAAGUGAGUUUGUGUAACUCGAGAUAUCAGAGAGUAGAAAUUUGAAACCUUGUUUUGCUCAUUCUCAUUUUUUUUCCUGGUAGCUUCUCCCUGAAGACUUGUUUUUGAUGAUUUUUUUGUUGCCGGAAGACACGAAAAAAUGUUGGGGUCCCAAAACACUCAUAACUUUUCACGUGUCGAAAUGAAUUUUUUUUCUGCGGCUCAAGUAUGCGAGUCCCGAUGGGAUUUUUUGAUCACUGAUGUUUUUUGAGAGAAUUUAUGAGAUGAAAUGAAAAGAAAAAAUAUUGGAAUUCUUGGAUUGUAGUUUGAGUUUUAGUUAGAAAAAACACGUGAGGGGAGGUGAUGAGAAUUCGGAGUGACAGGUGAAAAUUUGAACUCAUUUUUAAAGGCAGCUAUUUUUCCGGGACCACCCACGAAGCUUCUGACUAAACUUCAACAAAUAAAUUUAUUUUUUAUUUAGAUGUGAAAUAUUGAUCUUGAAGGAAAUUUCUUAUUUUGAAACAAAGAAGCUCGUAAGAAUUUUUGAACUUAUAAACGUGAAAGUGAAAGCUUAAAUCUAGAAAGUUCAAAUCUCAAAAGACUCAUAACUUUUCUUUUUGAAGAGUUUUCAUUUUUUGCCGGAAAUGAAUUUGUUGGACCUCUCAAGUUGUCCCGUGAGAAUUUAUGAUCACUGACGUUUUCGUAUAAACUUCACACGUCAUAUCCAAUUUUUUCCAGAAUCUUUGGCAAAAAAUCAUCGACAAAAGAUGCGACAGAAUCUGCAUCUCGAAAAUCGCCAUCAACAACAAAUGAUAGUGGGCGAGGAAGUCAGGGACAUCUCGAGGAGAAAAUGGAGGCAAUGACGAUUGUGGAGAAUUCUGGAGGCGAAAGAGAUCGAGAAAGUUUUUGUUGUGAAGAAUUGGAUUUGGAAGAGGAGGAAGAGUUGCUCGAUGAAGAUGAUGCUCCGAUUUUGAGCAAAAAACGAGCGGCACUCAAAAAGCAGCGAACGAGUUAGUAAUCAGGGGUCAUAGAAGACAUUUUCUUACAUUUAGAUUGAGUGUGAAUAGCACAAUUUUGCAAAAAACCGGAAAUUGAAGAGCUCUUUUUGGGGACGAGUUAGAUCAAAUCAAAUUUUCUCGGAGAAAUGAGAGAUCAAAAAAAUAAAUGUAUGUUUUUCAGACUCUUGCCCUGAUAUUUCUUCAAUGGUCUUUGAUGUUGCAAAACGUUGUCCAAUGGCCGACGAUUUGGAAAUUUCGGACGAAGAAGAACGACAUUUUGAAUGCUCAGGUUCGUUCUGAAAACAAAGGGUAUUUAGACAAAGUGGAAUUUUUUUGGUUUGAAAGACAAUAGAACUUUUUGCUGUUGUACUAAAAUUAGUACUAAAAUUUCUUUGUCUAGAAAAGAGCAAAGUUUGUGAAUUCGUCGAGUUAACUAACUUUGAGGGGAUCUGGAAUUUAAUUAUGUAGAAAAGUCUUUCUGAGUAAAUGAAUUUGAAUUUGAGUUUAAAUUGAAAAGCGGAAGGGAAUGUUGUUGUGGCUCCCCAAGAAAAACCGUGUAAUUCCAGGACCUUCGAAAUCUCGUCUCAAUCAAAAAUAUGUGGAACAACGUCGUCAUCAACAAUGUGCCAUGUAAGACUUCCUACAAUUCAAAAUUCUCAUGUACAAAUAUUCUUACCAUUUUCAUUUCUUUGUAUUUUGAUCUCCCCUUCUAUGUUUUUUUUUUUGAUUCACCGGGCAACAAGAAGAUUUGCAAAAACUGACUGGUUUCACUUUAUGUUUGAUUAUAUUUAUUUUCGAAUUUUUAACUUCCAAAUAUAUUUUUCAAUAUACUUUUGUCUGGAUUAAGCGACUAACAUGGGCCCCAGUCCCCUUUUGAUUUUUUGUGUGAAAUAAAUUUGUUUGGUUGCAAGUUUUCCGAGAAAAUUUGAGUGCUCUUUGGAGAUUUGUUGAAAAUAGAAAAGAAUCGAGUUUUGUGCGCAUGGUUUUUUCAACCAUACUUUUCUCUGUUGCCCGGUGUUUCAAAGCUGUCCUUUUCCCCCAAAAGCAUGUUUGAAUUUGAAUAUUUGACAGAAGAGAGAGAGAGGGAAUGAUGAUGAAGGGUAAAGAUUCUGAAACAAUUUUUUGAAAGUUUUAGAUCUCCUCUUAUAAAUUUCACGUACACUAUUUUGAUAUAAGCUUGUUCCCUCUCUCUCUUUCUUCAAAUAUAGGUUUUUUUUUCAAAAAUUAAAUUCAGGACACCUUCAAUUAUUGAUGAAGUCGCUGACGAUGAAGAUGAUUUCAGUCAAGCUCCCUCAACUGUUUCGAGAAGGUUUGUUUUUAUUUUUCAUUUUUGAACAUCCAAUGUUAAUUCAUAGAAGAAAUGACUUUGGCUUUGAAUAAUUUAUUUUAUUUUUAUUUUCGACAAAAAUUUUAUUUUUCAGAAGCGCUCAAACGGAAGAUUUGGCUGAUUUUGAUGACAAUAUUUCAUCAAUUGUUUUGGAUCAGUUUUUGUCAACAACACGUUAGUUUUUUUAGAGGGUUUUUGGUUGAAGAAAAAUAUUUCCUUAGAAAAGACCUUAUUGUUAGGCUUGGAGAGCAGGAAAAACCUUUAAGAAUUAGUUCGGGCAUUUUUAAAAUUUUUAAAAUCAUUUUCAGUUCCGAUUAUAAUUUUUAAGUAACCCAAAUUCUAUUUUUCUGAAAAUGAAACUUUUUCCAAAAGUUAUGAGUAAGUGUUUGAGAAGUCUAAAAACAAUCUAGGGAAAUUAAUUUGGUAAAUGUUUUUCGAUUAGCUUAUUCACAUGAUAAAAAAUUCAGCAUUGACUAGAAUAUAUCUGCGCAAUGUUUCGACAAACCGAUUAAGUGACUUACUCACAACAAAUUACCUUCUUCACUUUCUUCUAUUUUCUCUAUUCUUUCUGAUUAUGUCGCGGUAGUUCUUUUUUACGAGAAAAAAUUAAUUUCAUAUUUUUCCUCAUAAAAAAUAUUAAAACCGCUCCACCAAAAUAUCCGAUUUCCAACAUUUUUUGGGUGUGUCUCAAAUUUCAGUGUUAAAAAUUUAUGAGCUUUUGUUUUGGAGCCAACAAAAUUAUUGUUUUUUUUUUCAGAAUUGAAUUUUUGCGACGAUUCGGAUUCUGAAGCCACGUUUUCGAUUGCUGGAAAUCUUGAAGAAAUUGAAGAACCCUGUGCAAGGUAAGAUAAUUCAAGCUCUAGGCGUGACUCCUUUCCAGUGCCGAUCUCUAGCCUCGGGUCCUAGACAAGUAUGUUGUCUCAACUCAGCUAGUUAAGAAAAAUAAACAAAAAUGUUUGAAAUUAACAAAUUUCCGGUCAACAAGUAAGAAAAUCAAUGUUCUCUCAGGGCUUUUCCUGGAAAUGAAAAAUUUCCUCCUUUUUUCAGAGGACCCAUAAAAUCGGAUUAAAAAUUCGAUUUCAUCUCUUUUUUUUUCCUUUUUCCCCUUUUUUGUCCCAUUAUGCACUUCUUUUUUUUUGUUUUUUGUUGUCUGGAAAACAAACAACAGAAAAAUUUCCAGGGACUUUUUAGUAAUACCUUGUUAGCCCUCAUCACACCUGGGAAAAUUUUACGUUUUACGAAAUUUUACGGUCGUUAUCUAGCUAGUCUCGCUGAUUUUUUUAGGCUUGAAGUUUUGAAUCAUACUCCCUGAUGAUGUUUAUGAGAUUUAAUGAUUUAGUGGGAGAAAAUAUGAAUUCCAACCCACUGAACUGAAAAUCAAUUUUACGGUUUGUCCCAGCUCUGGCCCUCAUCAUCAAUCAUUUUUUCUUGGAAAAUUUUUUAGUCUUUUUUUUCUUGAAAAAGCAAAAUUCAAAACUUUGGAAAAUAAACACAUCUGGUGAAACAGCAUUUUCAUGGGAAUUUUAUAGUUUUUUUUUUCAGAAUAAUAAUAAAAAGUUUUCAGCUCAUCGAAUACUGCAACAUCUGUUCAAACCGAUUUGAAACUUUUGAACGUCGAACAAGAAAUUGCGGAUUAUUUGGAACAUUGUAGAGAAUCGACAAGUGGAAUCAGUGAAGAAGUUAGUUUGUUUUGUUCAGAAAGAAACUAUGUGUUUUGGAAUCGGAUGAAAAAAAUGAUGAACUAAUUUUGAGGAUUGAGAAACUCUUGUGAGCCUCAGUAAAAUGUUAUUUAAAAAAUUCAGAAAAAUAUAAUCAAUAGCGGUGGAAAUUUCGUGCUAUUCAGUUGAGAACAAUAUUUGUAUCCAUCCUAAAAAUAUUCCUCAAUUUUCCAACCGAUUCCAAAAAAUUGUCAGAACCCCAUAAUCCGAGUCAGUCUUUUUCAAACGAACCAAAACAAUAAAUCUCGCGCGAAUUUAGUCUCCUAAGUUUCCUAAAUACCACCAAAAAAUGGAGGAGUUUCCUUUAUUUUUCAGCAAUUUUCUUUUUGUUUUUGUUCCCUCCGAUUCUGCCACUUGAAAACUUAAUGGGUGCACCAAUUUUCAUUUCAUUUCAUAGUUUUUUUCUGUUUGUAUUUAUGAAAUAUGAGAUUUCGAUUUCGAUUUCAAUGUCUAGUUAACAUACAUUUCCACUAAAAAAAACCCGAAGGCGGAGCAAAAAAAAACAAAGAGGAGAAAAGGUGGAAAUUGAGUUUCGAAAUGGUGUUUUUCUUUUUUUUUUUUGAAAAAAAAAGGAUGGAAGAGAGAAUGAUCUACUCAUCAUUAGGACUCCCUUGGGGUGCAUUUUUGGCGCAUUUUUUGUUGUUGUUGGUGGCGGAAGCUUGAAGUUUUAAGCUGAGAGUUAGUUUAGUUUAAGAUUUUACUUUUGAUACCGCACUUUUUGAGAAUGGAAGAAAAUUUGAAAAUUUAAAUCAACUUCAAGAUUUUUCUCCAAACCCUUUUUAAUUAGACUCUGAAUUUCCGGAACUUCUUUUUUUCCCUGAAAUUUUCGAAUUCUCAAAACACAUCAAAAUUCCCCGCUCACCUUCAAUCAUAUGUUUUCUCUAAUGAAUGUCAAGAUCAAUCAUGGUAGUCUUAGUCGCCAUCGAAAUAAAAAAAAGAAAAAAAAGAUGAGUCGAGAAAUUCAAUUAUUUUUUGCUCCUCAUUCUUCCUUAUAUUCUUUAGGCGAUUCAUUUUCCGUUUUCUCAACUUUUUUCAUGUCAUAUUUCCGUCUGUCUAUAUUUGACUGACUGACUGACUGAAAAUUAUUUUUCAUUCUAAAUUUAAAACUUGUCAAAAACAUUCGCUCGUUCAAUGCGACCAGUUAAAUUUAUGAGAUUUUCAAAGCUACUAAAAAAUGCUGCUAGAAAAAAAUUCAAUUUGAAAGUUCACAAGCUUCUGGUUGAAUUAGAUUGUUCACUCUGUUGUUUUCAAAAAGUUCAUUUGUUUUCUAAUUCAAUUUUUAAAAAGUUUAGAUUCUGAGUCACAAAUUCUUCAUUUCUUGUUUAUCGCUCAACGAAAAAAAAAACGUAAAAAGCUACCGUAUUCUUUUGCAAAUUAGGCCAAUUUUGAAAAAGGAAAAGGUUUUAAAAGAGGAGCUGACUCAAUCAGCUUUCUAUUCAUACACAUGAUUUUUCUAGAAUUUGCUUUUUUGCUCCAUGUUUCAAAUUCCUAGUGCUCAUCUUAUGUUAGUUUGUUGUCUAGUUCCCAGAAAAAAUUUGGAUAACUUCAAAGCGAAAGAGCAACCCGUAAACAAGCGGAGUAUCGUUGUUUUUUAAGCAAGAAAGAAAAUUGUAUCUUUUUUCGUAGUUGUAUACAAAAAUUGAACACGUAUCCAGUGGUGACACAUUGCAAAACUUUUCGUUUUCCUCGUUUUUCAGUUUGUUUUUUUGAAACAUGAACCCAAUUAGAAGUAGAAAAAAUAAGAAGAAAAAAAGUUUGACGGAUGAGUAACUUCCCACGCCUUCUUUACUUCUUCUUCUUCUUCUGCUCCUUUUCUUUUUUUUCUGCAAAUGCCUGCUUUUUAAUUGAAACUUAUUUGACACGUGAACUACUUCAAGUUCAAAAAUUCUACUACAUACAUUUCUCACAUUCGAAAAGUGUUUUGUUCUAUCUACUAGUUGACCACAAUAUUUUCUUGGUCAAGAUGUCAUCGAAUAAUCGACGAUUUCCUGUGUUUACCUAGAUUUUUUUUUUGGAUUUUUUCUAGCGAGCGAGAAAAAGAAGUCUCGUUUACAAAUAAAUAAAUAUAGCUUCUUUUCCUUUCGUUUUUCAAAAUUGAAGUACUUUUUUUGUUAUUUUGUUUCUCUAUUUUGCAAAAAAAACUCGAUUUAAAUUCCAUCACGUUUUAAUUAAUUGAGGUUAGGAUUAUGUUGCAAAACUGAAUUAAUUUUUGAUGUACAGUUUUUUUUGGUAAUCAGAAAACAUUUUUAUUUUUCUGUUUCUCUCAUUGCAAUUUUCUUGAAAACCAAUCUAAUUUGUUGUUAGAAUGGCUGAAACCGUUUCGCCACAAUCACAAGGUUCACCAUUUUGGUGGCGUGAGAAACGUAGCCCACGUGUGCAAUUUGCGCGAAGUGCAUAUCCGCGCAGCAGAAGCUCUGACUCGGAUUAUCAUCGUAGUGGUUCGGGAGAUCAGGUUGACAAAAUUGUGAAAGGAAUUUGAAAUAAAUUAUUUUUUUAGGGGAUGAAUUUCAUUGCCAAACAUUUUUUCGAGUAUCAAUCAUUCAUGAAUAUUCCACAUAAAGCUGUGCAUUUACAUAAAAUCGUGAGUAAAAUAUUUUUCAAAUUUUUUUUCAAAAUCAAGUUUUUCAAUUUCUAGCCCGCAUCUCAAGCUGGAACAGAUCCUUCAAUGGGAUGGGCACCAAAAAAUAUGUUGAAAGCUGGAAAACAUCAACCAGCUCCAGGUGCUCGAGCUAAUCGAGUACACCGUGAUCCACGACCAAAUGGUACAAAAUACGGGCGAGCUGGAAAACAUGAACAUCGAGAAUGGGGUGAUCGACACGGAGGUUAGAAUUAUUUUUUUAAAUAAUAUAAUUUUCAAAAUUCUUAUAGAACUUCGUGAUGAGAAAGCCGUGUGUCAUAAGGAUGCUUGGACAAAGUUUUUGGCAAAUGAUGAUCAGGGUGGAAGAACUGCUUUUGAAUGUGAAUUUGAGGACCGCGUUUUGGCUGUAAGUUUUUUUGACACACAAAACUAACAUCUUAAAAUACCCCGUGUUUUUUUAUAGACUGAAGAGGAAACACUUCAAGAAAAGUUAUGUCAUGCUUCUCCAGAUUCUAUAAAUUUGAAUGCACUUUACGCGGCUGCCAAUAAAGCAGCAAGUCCAGGAAAUGGUUGUGAAUUACUUACGAUUCUAACUUAUGCGCCGACGGUUCAAUUUGUUACUGCAACUGUCAAAAAAGCCAAAUCACUGCCUUUUAACAAUGGUUUGUUUUCCUUUCAUCUCAUUUUUCUUCUCGUUGUCGAAUACCUCAUAUUCUCUCACACUAUUUCUCUCUUCACCACACACAGCGGACACAUCUUUGAUUUUGCGGUAGCGAAAAAAUGUGCAGCGAUGUCCGAGUGGUUAAGGAGAUAGACUUGAAAUCUAUUGGGCAUUGCCCGCGUAGGUUCGAACCCUGCUCGCUGCGUAAUUUUUUUGAAUUUUCAAUUAAAAUUUUCAGCACCAUUUGCUCGAAUUAUGCUUUUCGAAGGUCGUCGAUUGAUUGAACAAAAACAAACAACGGUAAAUCCAUCCUUGAUUCAUAAAUCUUCUCUUGAGUGAGUUUGGGAAAGGAUAAUCUCUCUUUGAGAUUUUAUUGUAUGUUUUCAGUGGAUCAAAACCGUCUUCCUCAUCCGCUUCAAAUUCUUCAAAUGAUGGAGUUACAGAUGCUUCAUUUUCCGAAUCCUUUUUAUUCCACGUACCCCCAACAAAACUAGAAAAAUCGCAUAUUGUGAUAGAAAUUUACGAUCAUGAAGAUUCCGGUGAAGUAAAGAAAAUCGGUCAUUGUGUAAUCGGUCGACUUGUUGAUGGCACCGGAAAUGCACAUUGGAUACAAAUGGUUAAACAACACGGUUUGCCAGUUUGUAUGUGGCAUCGAAUUGCUUGA